CAAAAUGAUAUAAAGUUUCAUAACUCAAUUGUUGACCAACUACAAGUCCAAGUAAUCGUUUGCCAGAAUGGAUAACAGAAAAUGCAUCCUCUGUUUGUGGCUUCUGGUAGUUUGUGCGUCUGCAAAUGCGAAAUUGAAUAGAAGAGCAUUUCCCCAUGGAUUUAUGUUUGGUACAGCCUCUUCUGCAUACCAGUAUGAAGGGGCUGCGAGAGAGGGAGGAAGAAGACCAAGCAUUUGGGAUACUUAUUCUCAUACCCCUGGGAAUAUAGUGGAUGGGAGCAAUGGAGAUGUUGCUGUAGACCACUACCACCGCUAUAAGGAAGAUGUCAAACUUAUGAAGAAAAUGGGCAUGGAGUCGUAUAGGUUUUCUAUUUCCUGGUCACGGAUAUUACCAUACGGCUCACUAAAAGGUGGGAUCAACAAAGCUGGUGUAGCAUUUUACAACAAACUUAUCAACGAACUCUUGUUACAUGGUAUUAAGCCUUUAGUGACACUGUUCCAUUUCGACUCACCACAAUCAUUGCAGGAUGAACAUGGAGGAUUUCUCGGCCAAAACAUUGUGAGAGAUUUUGCAGAUUUCAGUGAUGUGUGCUUCUCGGAGUUUGGGGAUCGAGUGAAAUUCUGGGUAACUUUUAACGAACCUCAUGGCUUUGCUGCUGGUGGAUAUGACAGUGGAACAGCUGCACCAGGCCGGCAUACUGGUAAAAAUGGAAAUUUAAGCAAAGGAAACUCUGCAACAGAGCCUUACAUUGUGGCCCAUAAUAUUAUCCUUGCUCAUGCUGCUGCUGUUAGUUUAUACAAGAGCAAAUAUCAGGCAGUGCAGAAUGGAUCGAUUGGCAUCACCUUAGAGAGCAGCCGGACGCUGCCUUAUUCUAAUACAUACCUUGAUAAGAUGGCCGCACAGAGGGCCAUGGAUUUUGUAUUCGGUUGGUUUAUGGAUCCAAUUGCAGAAGGAGAUUACCCAUCAAGUAUGAGAAAUCUUGUUGGUCCGCGUUUGCCCAAGUUUAGUAAAGCUGAAUCGCUUAUGGUGAACGGCUCAUUCGACUUCGUGGGCUUAAACUAUUACUCAACAAGGUACGCUUACCAUGUUUCAACGCCACCGAAUAAAAUGACUACAAGCUAUUCGCUGGAUUCCCAAGUCAAUCUUACAGCGGUGAGGAAUGGUGUGCCUAUUGGACCUUUGGUCGGAUCUCCGUGGCUUUACGUGUAUCCACGAGGAAUGAGAGACAUUGUGAAAUACGUUAAAGAUCAAUAUAACAAUCCACCUAUUUUCAUAACAGAAAACGGUAUCGAUGAAGUCAACAACGAGAGUUUAUCAUUACAGGAAGCUCUGAACGAUACAUGGCGAAUAGAUUACUAUUCGCAGCAUUUGCGGUACCUUCACAAGGCAAUAAGGGAAGGAUCCGAUGUAAGAGGAUACUUCGCAUGGUCUUUGUUGGACAACUUUGAGUGGACCAGUGGUUAUACCGUUCGUUUUGGCCUCCAUUACGUGGACUACAAAAAUAAUCUGAAGAGAUAUCCGAAAGCGUCGGUCCGCUGGUUCCGCAGAUUCUUGAAAUGAUACAGGUUAAAUAAGAACAAACAUAUUGUGGCAUUAGUAUCAUACGGUAUUAUUUAAAGGACCAGCAAAUGCUUUUACUUUCACGUACCAUUCUCUGGUUAGUCUUUAAUUAGUCUCUGUCUGAAUAGAUUUUUAUUUUUGUAAACUGACUGAAGUUGACCGUUUGACAAUCAAGGUUAUGUUCGACCAUUAGGAAGGUUUCUAUGGAACAGUGUCAAAUCAUAACAUUUAUAUGAAGGUUCAAUUGUAUAUUUGUUUUUUUCAAACUGAUAGUAGUUCAUAUAAGCUUAUUUUCUAUUGAAAAAAAUGGUGAUGAUAAUCACAGCAAUCAACUAUCCUAAUUUUCUGAGA